AUGCCUGGUGGUGGCCCAACAAUCCAUGGGUCAACCCCUUUUGCCCGUGGUGGCCCAUUAACCUUGCUGGCGGUGUCCUUGGCAUUGUUUUUUACCCGAUGGGCCACAUGUUGCAGAGAGAAGGCAGUGUUAGUGGCCGUGUACGUGGAGAGGCCAAGGAAGAGAAGGUUGUUAGCAAAUCAGCAGCACCACCACCACCACCAUCAUCACCUCUAUCUCCAUCAAGCCAAGCGUGGUGCCCACGGUGGAGGAUCCAACAGGAAAGCUGACCUUCUCAACUACUCGCGGCACCUCCGAGAGUCAGCUCGAUCAGGACAAUCCUCACCCUCACUUCCAAAUCCAAAACCAGUUUCUCACAACCAUCAACCACUUAUGACCCAGAUGAUUGCUGUUCCAAGCAAACCAAAAAAUGCAAGAGUUCCAGCUUGCCUAGGCAACUGGAAAAUCAUUAUUCCAAGCUUUCUCAGAUCUUUGACAACGUCCCAUCCUAGGAAAGAGAAGAAGAAAAGAAAGAAAAACAGUGGCUCCACAGCCACAAGGAUGAAAGCUGUCAUGAAAAGCUUUCAGGUGAAAGAGAAGAAGGGAUUUGUUUCCAAGUUGUUUGCAUCAUUACGGAAACAUAGGUGA